AUGCCCGCCGCAAGUGCCAUAGCAGCCGCCGUGCUCGACCGCUAUGACAAACUGCCGAAGAAAGGGAAGCCUGCGCUGCGCGGGGGGAAGCGGCCCGAAUGGACUGUAUUAGCGGGAAUUGUCAAGAAUGUUGCACAGGGAGACACAGAAGAGCUUGAAUGUAUAGCGUUGAGUACAGGUCUGAAGUGCCUCAGCAAAAGCCAGCUACCUUCAGACGGAGGAGCGCUGCAUGACAGCCACGCCGAGGUUCUGUGCCGCAGGGCUUUCAUAAAAUACCUGUAUAGCGAGCUCGAACUUGCACGCGCGGGAAAGUCGAAAGUCCUGGAACCCAGAAAGGAAACGGGCCGUUUCAAAUGCAGGGAGAGCGUGACCUUCCAUCUCUACAUCUCCCAGUCGGCAUGUGGGGAUGCAUCAAUGGGCGCCCUCGAGAGGAGCCAACCGGAGGACGCGCGGGCGGAGAAUGAGAGCAAGAAGCGAAAGUGGGAAGAAUCCAACAUGGUUGAUGUAGACCGCGCGGACGGCACGAUAUCCACGGGACAGGAUGCUCGGCCAAAUGUUGUGCUCGGAGAUCUGAUACAACCGGGCCUGCGACGAGGACGCAAUGACUAUGCCGCUUUGGGAGUGCUGCGGACCAAACCUGCGCGUGCGGACGCCGAAAUGACGUUGUCGAUGUCAUGCAGUGACAAAAUCGCCAAAUGGAACGUUCUUGGUCUUUGCGGGGCGCUCCUGUCCCACUUCAUCGAGCCCCUCUACCUGAAAGGCAUCACUGUUGGAGACUUGUAUGACCACGUCGCACUCCAACGAGCGCUUUGUGAUCGGAUAGAAGGACUGAAAGAUCUCUCUCCCGGAUAUCGCACCACACAGCUUGAACUGCAGGCGUCACCUAUCCCAUACAAUUGGUCAAAGGCAUCGAUUUUACAAGCGCAUCCGGACGCUAAACCAGUUUCCGGGGAUGCAUCAAUCCUAUGGGAUGCGAACUAUCCAAUCGAUGUUGAAGUGAUCACUCAGGGCCGGAAACAGGGAUUCGCAGCCAAGAAGGGCGUUUGGCAUGAGAAGGCACGGGCCGUGGCUGCCGUAUCUGUCAAAGCACUUCCGGAAACGCUGAGGGAGAUCGACAUGUGCUCAGCGACCUACGGCGAAUGUAAAGCCGCCAGUACGGACUACCGGCGGUGCCGCGAUAUACUUUUGAGACACAAGUUCAUGGGGUGGGUGCUUACGCCACCGGAACAUGAGAGAUUUCUGAUAGCCACAGGAACAGCGCAAAUUGUGCGCGGCAAAAGCCAAACUAGACCUUCUUCAACAAGUGGAACGUGAAGGCAUUCCAUUCUGUUUGACUGGAAGUGGCGGGAGCGGAGGUGGUAAAGCGAGAGAAUGGCACCCUAGGAUGAUGUAGGACUCUAGAGUUCUGUGCGCCUCUCCACGGGACUUUCUCUGAGCAGAAUAAGUAUAUUGACUCCGGGUAACUCCGACAAACAGAUGCACGCAGGCUAGAAUAGGUAGCUCUGACAAAGAACGGCUGGUGAUGGCUAUUGCAUAAAAGACACGCAGGGACUACAUAGGUUGAAUAUCUACAUCGGGUGCUGGUUGAGGGGUGACAGUUUAUCAUAGAAGUGGUACUGGCCGGGUCGACGUAUGGUCAUAUAUGCAAUGUGAAAACGAUCUCUUGCAUGCACCGCAUUCACUCAUCCAAACUUCU